AUGUUCAACUGUGAACACAGCGCUGAACUUUCGGUUGCACUUCCUGGCGCGUUGAGUGGUGACGGUUGGGAAGUCCCGAAAGACUUUCUUUUAAGAUACAAGACCAAUGGCAGGGUCCCUUCAAGAUGCCGGAAAUGUAUAAUACAAGACUAUCUUGACCAGUGGACAACCGAAGCACGUCAUAUUACUGGGUAUGAAAAACUCUGGGCGAUAUGCGGUCCUUUACAGGGUAUGAAAGAUGAAAAUCCCGGUAUCAUUACACUGGCAAAGAGAUAUACAGAUAAAUUGGAAGGGAAGGUAGCUGAAGAGGUCAAGGUCCUGCAAAAGUUGUUGGAAGAAACGCCUGAGCCCUCCUUCACCGAGGAGGAGUACGAGAAAAGCGGUAUUCCUCGCGAUGAAAGAGCUUUUUAUCGUACGGAUUUCGAGCUCUACAUUACGGAUUUCGAGUAUUUCGUUGAGGUUGAGGUUGAGGGCGAUGAGGACGAGGAAAGUGACAGUAUUGAAGGUGAGGAUGGGCGUGAUGGCGACUAUGAACUCCCUCAAUUGAAAGUUAUUCCUCAAUUGAAAGUUACCCCGCCUACGCCGCAGCGUUAGACAUCAGAGCCAGGAUUAGAGUUAUUCGGAUAGUAUAUCACAGCGUCUAGUUGUGAACUGGGAUCAGGAAGAGGAAGAGGAUGAGGAUGAGAGCGUCACACAUCAAAGCUAGAAUUGUAGAGUAUUAGGAUAGUUUAUCAACACAG